GACCUUCCCCAGUGGAGGGAGCUUCGUGGCAGCUAUUGUCGAUGAUGUGCUGUUGGAGGGCGUACCAAAGCUCUCUACAGCAUCAGUGCAGGAACUGAGAAACGCCAUCAGCACAUUCCAGCCAGCGGACUGCACAGUCAGUGUCCGAACCCCACAUCGCCUGGCCCUGGUCACCUCAGCAGUCAAGGUGUGCACAGGUGGUAAAGCAAUGGCCGCAGGGCCCGUUGCCGCAGCAACGACGGCCUUGAGCGUGGUGGCCGUGGCCAGCAACGCCGCGGUGACUGCGGGCUCGAGCGCGCCCGCCGCGGCCACUGCCUCCGGCACCAGCCCUGGCUCGCACGUUGUGGCCGCGCCCAGCAACGCCGCGGUGACUGCGGGCUUGAGUGCGCCCGCCGCGGCCACGGCCUCCGGCACCAGCCCUGGCUCGCACGUUGUGGCCGCGCCCAGCAACGCCGCGGUGACUGCGGGCUCGAGCGCGCCCGCCGCGGCCACGGCAUCCGGCACCAGCCCUGGCUCGCACGUUGUGGCCGCGCCCAGCAACGCCGCGGUGACUGCAGGCUUGAGCGCGCCCGCCGCGGCCUACGCGGCCACGGCCUCCGGCACCAGCCCUGGCUCGCACGUUGUGGCCGCGCCCAGCAACGCCGCGGUGACUGCGGGCUUGAGCGCGCCCGCCGCGGCCACGGCCUCCGGCACCAGCCCUGGCUCGCACGUUGUGGCCGCGCCCAGCAAAGCCGCGGUGACUGCGGGCUCGAGCGCGCCCGCCGCGGCCACGGCCUCCGGCACCAGCCCUGGCUCGCACGUUGUGGCCGCGCCCAGCAACGCCGCGGUGACUGCGGGCUUGAGCGCGCCCGCCGCGGCCACGGCCUCCGGCACCAGCCCUGGCUCGCACGUUGUGGCCACGCCCAGCAACGCCGCGGUGACUGCGGGCUUGAGUGCGCCCGCCGCGGCCACGGCCUCCGGCACCAGCCCUGGCUCGCACGUUGUGGCCGCGCCCAGCAACGCCGCGGUGACUGCGGGCUUGAGCGCGCCCGCCGCGGCCACUGCCUCCGGCACCAGCCCUGGCUCGCACGUUGUGGCCGCGCCCAGCAACGCCGCGGUGACUGCGGGCUUGAGCGCGCCCGCCGCGGCCACUGCCUCCGGCACCAGCCCUGGCUCGCACGUUGUGGCCGCGCCCAGCAACGCCGCGGUGACUGCGGGCUUGAGCGCGCCCGCCGCGGCCACGGCCUCCGGCACCAGCCCUGGCUCGCACGUUGUGGCCACGCCCAACAACGCCGCGGUGACUGCGGGCUUGAGUGCGCCCGCCGCGGCCACGGCCUCCGGCACCAGCCCUGGCUCGCACGUUGUGGCCGCGCCCAGCAACGCCGCGGUGACUGCGGGCUUGAGCGCGCCCGCCGCGGCCACGGCCUCCGGCACCAGCCCUGGCUCGCACGUUGUGGCCGCGCCCAGCAACGCCGCGGUGACUGCGGGCUUGAGCGCGCCCGCCGCGGCCACUGCCUCCGGCACCAGCCCUGGCUCGCACGUUGUGGCCGCGCCCAGCAACGCCGCGGUGACUGCGGGCUUGAGCGCGCCCGCCGCGGCCACGGCCUCCGGCACCAGCCCUGGCUCGCACGUUGUGGCCACGCCCAACAACGCCGCGGUGACUGCGGGCUUGAGCGCGCCCGCCGCGGCCACUGCCUCCGGCACCAGCCCUGGCUCGCACGUUGUGGCCGCGCCCAGCAACGCCGCGGUGUCUGCGGGCUUGAGCGCGCCCGCCGCGGCCACAGCCUCCGGCACCAGCCCUGGCUCGCACGGUGAUGCACACCGGCAACACGAUGCGCAACGGAAACGGGAGGCGCGCUCCAAAGACUCUGACGCGCAGCGUGCUGAACGGCAGAAGAAGGACUCAGACCGCAAACGUCACAAACGUGCAGUUCUUGCAAAGAAGAAGACCAAGAAGUUAGCUAGGUAUCAGUUAUGAUGUCAUGUGUGUGCCAGUUGGUCAGUGCAGUGUCAAAAUGGUUCGGGGCCCUCAGCGAGACACCGUGCGGCCGUCAUGCUUGGCGCCACUAAGCAGGGUUGCAUUGUACGUUGUACAGUGCGUAAUGAUACGCACUAUGUAUUAAUGUGGCGAUAGUACGCGGGGAGCGGGGCCUGGAGGGCAGGCAGGGGAUGAUGGGUGCCGCACCAUGCCUCAGCACACCAUUUCCUGGUCGUAUCGCAUCAGUUGAAUUCUUUUAAGCCACGUAUGAGUGGUAUUUGAGCGGUGCUUGCGAAACUGGGGAGAAAUUUCGUGACAACCUGAGUGCGCAUCCCAGCCAAAUGAAACAUCCCACUGCACUAUGGUGACGCACUAUCCGUUCCGCGCUGUUGCUCGUCCUUAGUGCCCCACGUGGCGCGCAUGCCGGGGUGCCUGGCGCUGCCGGGGUGGCGGGGUGGCGGGUGGUGCCCACGGUUAAGUCGCUGGGCGUGUCUUUUGGUGACUGGUAUGCAAACCCCCCCUAGCUUGGGCUGGUAUUCACAACCCCCCCCCCCCCCCCUGCCCGUUGCGUUUGAGGGCGUGCUGGGGGUCUUGGGCAAGCUGGUGCGAAUGCCGGUCUCUAUGUUCUCUAUGUUCUCAUGCGGCCGCGGCGUCGGCGUACGCCCUGGGCAAGGUGCUCUAUCCUUUAGAGUUUGUGGGACUGCCCGGCAACAAGCACAUGCUUCGGGCGUUGUGCUUGGGCCUGUUGCCGCUGGUGCAGCACGUGACGGCGCGGCAGGCUGGCCUUGCAGUGCGGUGUGUGCUGGGGGCUCGUGGGCUGCUGACAGGGUUCGUAUCUUAAUGAUAUUGAGCAAAAAACCGCCAGUUUGGCCGUUUCCUGAGCAUUCGGGUUGCCCCCUAAAGCUCAGCUUUUAGCAAAAGUAGGCCCCCACGGGACCCCCUAAAGCCCCAGCUUGCGGCUUGUUUGGGUAUGAGAACGGUGCCUGGCACGCUGGGAGCCAGGUUUGCGCAUGAAUAUGGCAUCCUGCAGCUAAGGACGUGCUGUUUGCGCGCGGGGACGUCGUUCCUACCCGGGUUGAAGGGGUUUUGUUGGGGCCAUGGACUCUGCCCCCUGAUCAAAGUUUUGCGCUUUCACGAUGCGGAAAGCUCAGGCUGAGCUUUCCGCCCAAAAUAAGAUACGAA